CAUCCUCGUCUCGGCUUCGGACUGUUCACUUUUCAUUCUGCAUUUGACGAUUUCAUUGAAGUAAUUGCGGGCUUGGAAUAGCAAACACCUAAUAAACAAGGAAGCAACCUAGCCAUUACAGUAUCAGCAGCGAAAUCCAGCAAGAUGAGUGUAGAAGUAUUUCAAGGCUUUGAUCAGAUGGACAAAAAGGAGCGCAAGGCUGCCCUCAAGAAGGAGGCCGAAAAGCGGGGGAUUUCCUACGAUGAAAUGAAGAAGCAGUACAAGAACAGCACUCCGAGUGGUGGUAAGCGCAAAAAAAACGAAGCUGACAAACUUGAGUCCGAUGAACACAAGAAGGACAUCAAGCGAAUGCGUUCCUACUCCAAAGACCUGACCGACGAAAAGAAGGACGACGGCCCGGACUCCAAACGCCGAAGAACUCGAUCCAUGGACGAGGCUGAGGAGAAGAAAGCCAAAGCAGCCGCUGAAAAGAAUCUUACCCCUGAAGAAUGGAGGAAAGAGCAAACCAUUACACUCAAAGGUCACGGAAAAUACGCGAGUGAAUCGAAGUUUGCAAACCCGUUCAUUGAAUUCUCCGACGCCCCGUUUUCGGACCGCAUCCAGAGGACACUCUCUGCGGCCGGCUUUACCCGACCCUCUGCCAUCCAGGCACAGGCCUGGCCACUCGCGAUAGAAGGAAAGGAUCUGAUCUCGAUUGCCAAAACGGGAUCCGGUAAAACAUGUGGGUUCUUGCUUCCGGUAUUUCACGACUACGAGAAGAACAGAACAGGUAGAUCGGGAGGAUAUACCAAGCCCAUUCUGCUGGUCCUGGCACCAACACGAGAAUUGUGUGUUCAGAUUUCGGAGGAAUCCCGAAAGUUCGGAAAUCCCCUCGGCGUUCGAUCCGUCUGUUGCUACGGAGGAUCAUCCAAGUACCCCCAGAUCCAGGCCCUGCAGCGCGGUGUCGAGUGCAUUAUUGCUUGUCCCGGCCGAUUGAACGACCUGAUCGAAAUGAAGAAAUGCGAUCUGUCGGGCAUUAAAUACCUUGUUCUGGACGAGGCCGAUCGCAUGUUGGAUAUGGUGCGUGUGGUUGUCGACUAUUUGUCUUCUGCGUCCACUUGGUUCGUUUUUGUUUGCUGUAUCAUGGUUUUAUUUGCAAUUGGAACGUGUGAUUUUUGCUGGUUAUCCUUGUCCUCAAACCCAUCUUGAAACUCAUCCGUUCGUCUCUCUUCUUUUAAAAAAUCAGGGUUUCGAACCGCAAAUUCGUUCCAUUGUCGAAAAAACAAAUGCCGCGACUCGUCAAACGCUGCUCUUUUCGGCAACCUGGCCGAAAGAAAUCCAACGCCUGGCCCACGACUUUUUGAAGGACCCUGUCCAGAUCAACGUUGGCGAAGUCAACGCCUUGGUUGCCAACAAGGACAUCAAGCAGACCAUUCACAUGAUUUCGGAAGAGGAGAAGAUCGACAAGCUGGAGUCCAUCCUAAAGGAACUCACCGCCGAGGCUGGUGGAAACGACGACAAGGCACGAGUUGCGAACGGUGGAAAGGCCCACGCGAAGGUGAUUGUAUUUGUUGCGAAAAAGAUUAGCUGCAACGAUCUUGCCAACAAGUUGUGGGACGAUGGUUUUGCCGUAGAUUGCUUGCACGGAGAUAGACCGCAAUGGGAGCGUUCAAAGGUCAUGAAUGCGUUCAAGAGCGGAACACUGCGAAUGCUGAUUGCCACCGAUGUGGCUGCGCGAGGUAGGUUAAGAAUCACUGGUGGAAAUUUUCGAAACUUUGAUAUUUGGUGUUUCUCACGCAAACCUUUCACCCUGUUCCAUUUUUUAUGAUUUUUUUCAGGGCUUGACGUGAAAGACGUCGGGGUUGUUGUGAACUAUGACAUGCCUGCUGGUGUUAAUGGGGUUGAGGAUUAUGUCCAUCGAAUUGGACGUACHGGACGUGCCGGAGCGAAGGGAAUUGCGCAUACAUUUUUCACUGGCAAAGACAGGAAGUGUGCGACAGGCCUAGUGGAAGUCUUGACCAAGGCAGAACAAGAGAUUCCCCCGGAGUUGGCAGCAAUGGGAAGGCCUCGUUUUGGAGGCCGAGGAGGAUACCGAGGCGGUUACGGUCGAGGUCGAGGUCGUGGAGGCGGUGGCAGGGGCCGUGGCUACAUGAGUGGCGGCGGCGGUGGUUACGGACGAGGUCGUGGCGGAGGCGGCUAUGGGGGUGGUCGAUUUGGCGGCGGCAGGGGUGGUUAUCGCCGCUAAAAAACUCUUGCUCUAGUGGAGUAUUUCCGUAUCUAUUGCAACGACUAGGAACUUUUCCUACGCGCUCACUACUUAUAUUGUAGAUUUAUACAAACUAUCAAAUGGAACAACUUUUAAUGUGCAAAUAUAUGCACAUCUUCGUU